GCUGGCGGGUGCGGGGCGGAGCGGGGACGUUGCGGGGACGGCGCGGGAGCGGCUGAGAUUUAGAAAGAAAAAAAUGAAGCAAAUGUGGAACUUCACCAGAAGGGAGACUUUGGAUUCCUCUUGAUGUGUCAUUUCUUUUGACUCCCUUGUUCUCAGCAUUCAGAAGUGAGAAGCCAGCAGUGAAAUGUGGUGGUUUCAGCAAGGUCUCUCUGUCUUACCUGUGGCCCUGGUUGUUUGGUCAGCUGCAUCUUUUGUGUUCUCCUACAUCACUGCAAUUGUCCUACACCACGUUGACCCCUUGGUGCCCUACAUCAGUGAUACAGGGACAAUACCUCCUGAAAGAUGCUUAUUUGGGAUCAUGUUAAAUAUUUCUGCUUUCUUGGGUCUGGCCACCAUGUACGUCCGUUACAAGCAGGUGUGUGCCCUGAGUCCAGACAAGUCCAAGAUCCUCAAGCUUAACAGGAUUGGCCUCACACUGGGACUCAUGAGCUGCUUUGGACUUUGCAUUAUUGCAAAUUUCCAGAAAUGCAUCCUGUACUACAUACACGUGGUUGGAGCCUGCCUGACUUUUGGAGUUGGGGCCAUUUACAUGUUGGUUCAGACCAUCCUGUCCUACCUGAUGCAGCCAGAAGUCCACAGCAAAGAAAUCUUUUGGAUCCGUCUGUCCCUGUUCCUCUGGUGCUGUCUGAGCAUUCUGAGCAUGUUUGUUUCCUCAGUUGUCUUGUACAGUGGUCUGUAUGGAACAAAUCUGGUGCAGAAGUUGCACUGGGACCCUCAGGAAAAAGGCUACACAGCUCACAUUGUCAGCACUGUCUCUGAGUGGUCGUUGGCAUUCUCCUUCCUCAGCUUUUUCCUCACCUACAUCCGUGACUUUCAGAAAAUCUCCCUGCGUGCAGUCGUCAGGCUGCACGGGCAGAGCCUGCACAGCUCAGCCCAGAGCUCUGGGACUGCUGAGCAGCCACUGCUGGCAGCAGGGAGCAUCUGAUGAAGGUGAAGAGAAAGUGUUCUCAGCAUAACUCAGGAAUCUCAUAGCAAUAACAGAUGAUACUCGAAGCACUUGUUUUAUAUAAGAAUUAUAUGAAGUGAUUGUACUGUACUUGACCCAAAGGGCUUUGCUAUUAACCUGCACAGCACUGCACUGCUACCAGUAUUGUACACAGCCUGUGACAUUUCUACCUGCACCAACACCACGGAAAAUUAAAUGAAGGUUAUUGAA